AUGUCUGAUAAGAAAAACGUGGAUUUCAACUCUAUUUACUGUGGACUCCAGCCUGAUCUAGGUCGUUUCCGUUUGUCGCAGAACGGCCUUGGUUGGAAAGGUGGCCGUGAUCGAACUGUCAUUGUAGCCACAGAUGAUCUCAAGAAGAUGAGUUGGACCCGAGCUGCGAGAGGCUUUGAACUUCGAGUAUUGCAAAAGGACAACACGGUUCUGAAGUUUGAUGGAUUUAAACCUGAUGACUUGGAUGAAUUAAAAGACGCAGUAAAAGCCUUCUAUAAACUCCCAAUUGAAGUCAAGGAAGUGAGUGUCAAGGGCUGGAAUUGGGGCAAGACAGAAUUUCAAGGAUCCAAUCUGAACUUUAGUGUCACCAAUAAAACCAUGUUCGAACUACCUCUUGCACAGGCCAUUGCUACCAACAAACCUGGUAAAAACGAAGUAGCCAUCAAUUUUGUCGACCCCGGCCAGCCAGCACCCGAGGGCAUCAAUCCCAAAGAUGUAGAUGAAUUGAUGGAUAUCACUUUUUAUGUUCCUGGCACUGUUGCAAAGGAGAACACCAAUGAUGAUGCCAAUGUGGAAGAGGACGAGGACGAGGAGGUCAAUGCAGACAUGGUGUUCUAUGAAACUGUGAAAUCCAAGCUGGAGCUCAGCCAAAUGACAACAGAGAACAUUGUACAAUUCCAAGAGGCUUUGUGCUUGACUCCUCGUGGUCGCUACAACAUCGACAUGUACCAAGAUUUCCUCCGUCUUCGCGGCAAAACAUACGAUUACAAGAUUCUUUAUUCCAACAUUAUCAAGCUCUUCUUGCUGUUAAAGCCUGACGAGGUGCACGUUCUAUUUGUUAUUGGUUUGGAUCCUCCUCUCCGACAAGGCCAAACAAAGUAUCCUUUCCUAGUAUUCCAAUUUGUGCGUGAAGAGGAAAUUGAUGUAGACUUGAAUUUGGAGGACGAGGCACUGGAUGAAAAAUACGAAAACAAGCUUCAGAAGCAUUAUGACGCUCCCACUUACGAGGUUGUCAGCAACGUAUUCAGAGCGUUAACGGGAAGAAAGGUGACAGUGCCUGGCUCUUAUAGAAGUCAUCAUGGUGCCAAUGCCUUGAAGUGUUCAAUGAAAGCAAAUGAAGGUUUCCUUUACCCAUUGGAAAAGAGUUUACUCUUCAUUCCUAAACCUCCAACCUUUAUUCCAUUGAACGAGAUUGGUGUGGUUACUUUCUCUCGAGUGGGUCAGUCAGGUGGCAGCUCUCGUACAUUCGAUAUGAAGUUCAAUAUGAAGAGUGGAAAUGAUAUUCAAUUCUCUAGCAUCAACAGAGAAGAGUAUGCCAACAUUGAGGAGUAUUUAAAACAAAAGAAGAUCAAGAUCAAGUCUGAAGGAAAUGAGGAUGCCAUGAUGACCUACACAGACCUUGCUGGAUUGGAUGACGACGAUGAUGACGAGGAAGACGAUGACUAUGAUUCUAGAAAGAGACGUAGAACAGGAGACGCUGGUGGAUCCAACUUUCCUGGUGCAGGUGCUGAUGAUGAGGAUGAAAGUCCUGAUGAAGAUUUCGCACCUGACAGUGAUAGUGAUGUACCUGAAGAAUACGAUUCUUCAGCACAAGGAUCCUCUGAAGGCGAGGAUGAAGCAGGGGAUGACUAA